AAAAGCACCAAUUAUGAAGCAAGGCAUCUAUCUAAUCUGAUUCUGAUCAAUGAUCAUCACGCUUUUGGGCCUAAACUUCCGUAAUUGUUUAUUAAUUAUGACAGAAAGUUGCAGUACUGAAACAUUUUCCAAUAAUCAGAGCAAAAAGGAAGACGGUCGCAAGGUUUUGAAGCGCCAAAAUCGAGGUUUCCUUUUGUGUUGCGAUCGCGAUGGAGAGUUACGGGUCGGGUCAAAGGCCAUACGGGGCGGAUCGAAGGAUGGAGAUAGUUAGCGGGAAGAACACGAGCGUUGGAUCCAAUCAGAUCUACUCUACUACUCGUUCGCGUUCCCCUGAUUUACCACCCGUUCCGACUCGGACGAGUCAAGGAUCAUCGAAGCCAUGGGGAUUUACGGAUCCCGAGAUGAAGAGGAAGAAAAGGAUCGCGAAAUACAAGGUUUACACAGUGGAAGGGAAAAUGAAAGCUUCAUUGAGUAAAGGUCUUCGUUGGAUCAAGAACAAAUGCUCGCAGAUCGCCCAUGGUUAUUAAAAAAAGCGGCGAAAAUCAACGGCUCAGAUUGUGUAACGUCGGAUGGAGAGUUGGACCCGAUGAAAUCGAUGGUUUUGGACAUUUUUGGGCUGAAAAAAAACUGGGUAAGUAAAAGACUAUAAUAGGCGGGACAUUAUAUAAAUUUGUUUAGAAUAAGAUUUAUUUAUUUUUCUUUUACUUUAAUUCUUGCUAAAGCAUUGGAAAAUAGGGUUUAAUUUAUGAAAAAUUUGGUAGCUGUUAAAAAUGUUUAAAUGUUGAAUGGAGCAUUAUAUAUUAUUGCAAUUUCAUUAUUUCAA